AUGGCAAAGACUCACCUGGUCAAGAGAUCCGUCAGAUGUGGUGCUGGUUGGUCUGAGUUCAAUCGCCGCUGUUUCUACUACAUUCCGAAACCUUUGUCUUGGGCUAAAGCUGAGAAAAACUGUAUGUCCCUGGGAGGUCACCUUGCAUCGGUUCACAACUUCAUGGAGUACCACGAGCUUCAGAGGCUCAUACUGAGUGCUAGUCAUGAGUACAAAGAAACCUGGAUUGGUGGCACUGAUGCACAGGAGGAGAACCAAUGGUUUUGGAGUGAUGGCACCACUUUCCACUAUACCAAGUGGUGUUCUGGAGAGCCCAAUAACUCAGGAGGUCGCCAGCACUGCUUGAGAAUGAAUCAUGGAGGUGAAAAGUGUUGGGAUGACUUUGGGUGCUAUGCUCAAAAACCUUCUGUCUGUACCAAGAACAUGUGA